UUGACAUGAGCAACUCUGGAUACUUUGCUAUGAAGAAGGAUCUCGAGAGCAUGUGUCGUAAUGCUGUUGAUCGUAGCCAAGGUGGUUUGCUUGAGAUCGAUAUUUGGGAUUAUGGAACUGAUGACCUCCUCAAUUACAUCGCUGAUAGGUCAAGUAAUCUGAGAAGCCUUAAACUUCCAAAUUGUUUCCUAGUAACAGAUGAGGGAGUUGCGAAAGCAGUUGUGAAACUACCACUCCUUGAAGAGCUUGAUAUUUCAUUCUGCGGAUUUACAGGAGACUCUGUGAGGGUCGUAGGCCAGUCUUGUCCAAAGAUGAAGAUGUUCCUUGCGACCGAGUUCUUACAUUGUGAGUCGAAUUGUGAGUCGAAUGAUAUCGCCAUAGCAAUUGGAGAAACCAUGCCUGAGCUACGCUACCUCGAGCUUGGUUGGAAUAGACUAAAUAACACGGGCUUGAACGCCAUUCUUGACGGCUGUCCACACUUGGAACACCUUGAUUUGAGCUUCUGUUUCAACCUCACGCAUGUCAGCCUUAUGGAGAUGCGAUUACCUGAGAGGAUUAGAGUCUUAAGACUCCCCGAUGUCUCAGCUGCUGAUUUAGUUAUGAUAUUAAAUUGGUGUAGUAAUUCCACACCUUUACUAUGA